CUGGAUGCCGUCGGUUGGUUAAGCGUUUGACUUGACGUUUCACUGUAGCCUACGACUGCUGCCGUCUCCCUGUCUCCCUCUCCUCCCGCUGGCACCGAGGAGAUCCCCGUCCCGUGUCUGCCAUGACUCCACAUCCGAUCAAAGCGUAAACGCAGCGACGCUUGAAAUGACUGCUUGGACUUUCGGCUGCCUUAACGCACAAGCGACACAGCAUCCGCUCGGUUUUGCGUAAAAGCACUUUCAAAUCGGGAAAACAUGCAGAAGAAGCUGACGGACAACCAGACUCCCACUUCAUCGAAAGCGUCGUCGUUUUUUAUCGAGAACCUACUGGGUAAAGGGCGGAAUAGGCAUGAGUCGACGUCGGACAGGAGUCACGGGGAAGCUGGUGUGGAGACUGUCUCCACAGAGACCAGAGUCCUGAGCACACAUCAAGCCGAGGCGAGCGCUCCAGCGCCUGAUGGCUCCGGCUCCACAGCUCGGUCCCCGUCCAGGGACUCGCCGUUGCAGUGGUACCGCGGGGGGGCUGUGUUCAACUUCAAAGCUUUGGAAACACCACAGAGUCCAAGAGAUAAUACCAGUUCAGACGACCACUGCUGCUCCAUAUCAACCAGUGACAGGUGCUCCCCUGCAGUGUCUGAACCCAUAACGGAGGGCAGCGACGAAACCGACCGCAAAACAGGCGACAGCCAUCUGACCGACGACAACGAGGACGCGCUUAACGGCUUUGACGCACGGUCGGAGCAAGACGCAUCCUCGGACCCGAGCUCCACCCGGAAGAAGAAGACUCGGACCGUGUUCAGCCGCAGUCAGGUGUUUCAGCUGGAGUCCACCUUCGAUGUGAAGCGGUACCUGAGCAGCUCCGAGAGAGCGGGGCUGGCGGCGUCUCUCCACCUGACAGAGACGCAGGUGAAGAUCUGGUUCCAGAACCGGAGGAAUAAAUGGAAGAGACAGCUGGCGGCGGACCUUGAGGCUGCACAUAUCCCACACUCGACCCAGCGGAUUGUCAGGGUCCCCAUUCUGUAUCACGAGGGGCCCGCACCCACUACAGCGCUGGGUUUUAACCUGAACGGACAUCCACUUUCUCCACCCGUAGCGGGGUUCUCCAGCUCCAUCAACUACCCUCUGUCCUCUUUUGCUCACUCCAUGAGCAUGUUAAGAUCGCAGAUGACCGGCUUGGUGUAAAGUCUGUUGUAUCAAAUAUCAAACUGUUUAUAACAUGAAUGCACCCUGUUCAAUACUGGGUCGUGCAGUAACCCACAAUGCCGCGGAAAACUGUUGACUGCAUCCAAAGAUAAGAGCCGCAGAGACAUUAAUGAAAACACGCAGUGAUAAAUCAUCUGUAUCUAUUGUCUGUGCUUCUGUCACAGAAUAAACAGACAAACAUGGCAAGGCCGAAAGCAAGGGAGGCCGAA